CCUUCUCUUGUUCAACUUUUAAAGUCAAGUCUGGGGGUCAAGACAAUUUUCUACAUACAUCACACAUUCACCUAUAUUGGGCACACGAUUUUAAUCACGGAUUAUUAUUGAUUAUCUCUUAUUUUGACAAGAACGCUAGCUAGCUAGGUGGCUGCGGACUGGCAAAGUAACAGUAUUCCAUCAAUGAAACCUCUGAAUAGCGGGCGGGAGGUGGGGCUGUGGCCCAUUUCACUUCCUUAAUCCAAGAAGUCCAUCACGUCAGGGGCACGAAACGGAGGGACGGCGGUGGAAACGUUUCUCAAGUUUUUCCUUAGGAUAUAUUUAUUUAAUUGAAACCACUUUUGGUGACCAUGGCUGCUCUUUCAGCCUGGUUUUGGAACGAGAGAUUUUGGCUCCCACAUAAUGUGACUUGGGCGGACCUUGCAGACCCAGCGCCCGGGGUGGAGUAUCCAAAAGCCAGUCACUUGCUCUCUGCCUUACCGCUGGCUUUGGGGAUCUUUGCGGUCAGAAUACUAUUUGAGAGGUUCAUAGCCAGUCCAUGUGCCUUCCUCUUGCAUAUCCACGCUGCCUCAGUCCACUGGCGAGCCACACCAAACCCUAUCCUGGAGAAGGUGUUUACAUCCAUCACAAAGUGCCCAGACUGGCGACACCUGGACGGGUUAUCUAAGCAGCUGGACUGGGAUGUGAGGAAGGUCCAGCGAUGGUUCAGACAAAGACGCAACCAGGAUAAGCCCAGCAUACUCACCAAGUUCUGUGAGAGCAUGUGGAGGUCUACAUUUUAUCUGUGCAUAUUUACCUAUGGGAUUCGUUUUCUAUGGCAGUGCCCAUGGAUGUGGGAUACACACCACUGCUGGUACAACUACCCCUACCAGGUCCUGACUCCAGGCCUGUACCACUACUACUUGACUGAGCUGGGCUUCUACUGGUCCCUCAUGUUCUCUCAGUUUACUGACAUCAAACGCAAGGACUUCCCCAUCAUGUUCAUCCAUCACCUAGCAACAGUGAGCCUGAUCAGUUUCUCCUACGCUAACAACAUGCUACGUGUCGGGAGCCUGGUGAUGUGCGUCCACGACGCAUCAGACUUCAUACUGGAGGCAGCCAAGCUGGCCAACUACGCCAAGUACCAGCGCUUGUGUGACUUCCUCUUUGUUCUGUUUGCAGUAGUCUUCUUCAUCACACGGCUCGUCAUCUACCCUCUAUGGAUCCUGAACACAACUAUGUUUGAGAGCUGGGAGAUCAUUGGUCCAUACCCUUCCUGGUGGCUCUUCAACUCCCUACUGCUGCUGCUACAGGUGCUGCAUGUCAUCUGGUCCUACCUCAUAGCCGGGAUAGCCUACAAGGCCUUGGUCCGAGGAAAGAGAUGGCUCUUUUCUUUUCUCUCUGGGGUGUCUAAGGAUGACCGCAGUGACGUGGAGAGCAGCUCGGAGGAGGAGGCUGACACCAACAGAACCAACGACAGGGGGGUUAAAAUGGCUUUCUCUCCUAAGGCAGAGAACGGAACCAAUGGCACCAACGGCCACGUCGUCACCACUAAAAGCUGGCCACAGAUACGCAUCAGCAGCAGAACUAACAAUGAUCGGUGACCAUGACAGCAUACAAUGGAUGAAUAGACACACUACUGUGACCCAUAGAAUCAAAACUGAUGAAAUGAAGGGGGAAAAAAGUGCAUUCCCUGAUGUCAAGUGAAUGGGUCUGUAGAUAUUUGCAGUACCUUAUGAACAUAGAACGUUUGCUUGUAUUCCAUUUGUUUGAUGCUGCAGUUUGCUGGAGAUUAUCUCAGUUUUAUUGGUCAGGUGGACUUGAAUUACUACUGUAUAUUUUAAGUAAUUGUUCAUUUACUUUGUUUCUGGUCAGUUCUGUUGACUGUUUCUAUAUUAUUAAUACGAGACCAACGUUUAACGUUUUUAAAAUGUCUUUGGUAAGAAAUGCAUAAGAAUUUAAAUGUGAAGAAGCCAACAGAAUCCUAUUCAGUGGAGAUCAUCCAUAGAUGUGUGUAUUAGGGCUAAUAAUGUGAGUGUUGACUACAGAGACAAAAAUAUAUGUUUAUUUGUAUAAGAUGUUUUUAUUCAUGUUAACGGUUGUUACAUAACUUUGAAGAUCCUGCCACACAAACUAUGAUUCAGUGUGUCCUGAGCGAGUUAUGAUAAGAGACUGAUUUGUCAUUUAGUUAAAGCUGGAAGGAGUCAACCCAUUUUUCAGUCGACUCCAGUCCUCUGCCCCUUCUCCUUUUAGCAGAUAAAUGAUGAAGUUGACAGUAAAUGAAGAGUAGAUUCUCCUUUACUCGUCUGGGCACACACAACUUCUACACCCAAAUAGUUAUCACAUAAGUCCCAUGGGAGGAACAGAAAUGUCCAUGAUUUUGUGGACAAACUAUUCAGUUCCAGUCCUCUAUGGCUUGAGGACGUCCACGUCUUGGUUUUCUGCCGCUACCUGCAGCUCUUUUUGCUUGUUCAUGUAGCGGUAUCCCCGCAUGGUGCACAGGUAUCCCCCGUAGAGUGUCAACAGCAUCAUCGAGGCAGAAAACCCCCGGUAUCCGAAGUCGGCGAGUCGCUUUGCGGUGGUCAACAUGGUGGUGUUCCUGGCGGAACCAAAUACAUGUGGGUCUCUGAGGAGGUUAUAUCCAGCAACGACAAGUUGUAGUACAACUAAGGGUAGCUACAUAACGUAUAUCUCCUUGUUUACUCGUGUUUAACAAUGUGGUUAUCACAGAUAACAAAAUGCCAACAUUUCAACAAAAAAAGUAUAACAUCAGAAGUUAACGUUAGUUAAUUAAAGACAGGGUAUCUGAUGGAAUUUCGCUAGCUAUCAAGGUUAGCAAGCUUUUAUCAACACAUUAAAUAAAAAUUUUGAUUUUUCCAGUUUCAAA